AUUAUUCUUGUUUCUAAUUUAGUUGUUGCGCGACCUAUUCCUACUAAAUUAGAAGUCAACUUUUCCAGUCAUUACUGGGUCUGUGAGGCACAAGGGAGUACCAGUACGCGACUUGUGUUCCUGAUAUUAUCGACUAUUUAUGCGGGUUGCCUACUAUUAUUUGCUACAUUUUUGGCUUACAAAACACGGUUUGCUGGUAAACAGUACAGUCGCUAUAGUGAAACUAAACAAAUGGGUCUAUCGGUUUAUAAUAUUCUUUUCUCUGCUCUGAUUGGUUUUGCUGUGAUGGUGAAUCCACUUGCUGACUUCUAUACAAAGUACUAUAUCGAAGCGAUAGCUAUCCUUUGGGCCACGACAUUCUCUUUACUCAUACUAUUUCUACCAAAGCUUCAAGCAUUCUACCGAUUCAAAAUCAAAGAAAUGAAGCAUAAUAUAGAAGAGAGGAAUAGACAACAACAACAACAACAGCCACUCGAAAAAGAGUCAUUCCAUUCGCAGCAUAGAAAAUCCAUCUUUUCCUUUUUAAAAGCUUCUAUUAUAUCACAG